CUCUCUCUCUGUCUCUCUCCUCCUUCUUGUCUGCUCUCCAGUGAGGGGGCACUGCUCCUGCUGUGUCGAUUGGUGGGCAGUUACAAACGUUACUAUUUCGAGAGUGUCAGUGUAUGCGCUCUGCGCGCCGUGGCAAACGAUCGAAAGGGGAGAGUGGCAGAGAAAGGCAGAGCGGGGUUCGGCUCCUUCUUUUUUUUUUUUUGCACAUUAAGUGCCGCGCACAAGAGGAUGAGGGUGCGCAGGGAGACUCGGACCUGCGGCUGACGCUGAGCCGUGCCACCAGAAUCCAGGUAGAAGCAGAGGAAGAGGAAGGCAGACGAGUCACAGGGGGGUCGUGUGACGAGGAGCUUUGCAGAUCACAACCAGAAACAUUUUUUCUUUUUUAGGCAUUAAAAGGAAAGAAGGCAAAAGGAGAGAGGGAGGCGGAGGUGAGCGGAGGGAGGAAAGAUGGCGAGUUUUGGGAAACUCACAGACUACUUUCAUCGCCGUAAGUCUCAAGAGGAGCUGCGGGUGGGCAGGAGCUCGCAGCGCAGUGGCAGUUACUGCUGCACUGUGGCAGAGGCCAGGUCACUGGAAAGGAAGCUGCAGAGACCCAUACUGGCUAAGUCCCGCACCCUCCCCAGCAUCCCCCAGUCUCCUACAGUCUCCAGGGUCCACCACUCUGAUCUCAUUGGUGGGAGUCCUCCUCGCAGAAAGAACCUGCCCGCCGCCACCAGCCACCCAAAGGCCUGCACUCUGCCACCUGCAGGGGAGCUGUGGCGUUUGGAGGAUGACAUGGAGGGCGAAGAUGAGCCUGAGCAUGGUGGGUGCACCGAGGCCCGCCCUCGCUCCCAGUCACCGUUCUCCCACUUCCGGGCGCGAGCUGCCUACCUCCGCAAGAGUGUCUCAGCAGAUGACCACCUGGACAUAGGCUCUGACUACAGCUCCGGGACUGUGGUCGAGAGCAAGCCAAGCCGUGCAGGCAAGGGCAAGCUGAAGAGAAAGUUUAGUCUGGGCUCUGCAGACCGAAAGGAGAAUCAGAACAAGAAGUCAGAAUCAGGGAUCUCCAAAUUUACCCAUCGCUUGUCCCUCAAGGAGCGUGUGGCCAAAACAGACAAGACUUCCACGGACAGACCUCAAUCCUACAGAAGACGAUCUCUCAGUGUCGACUGGGCUGACUCCGCCAAGAUGACGCAGCCCAUGAGGGGGGACCAGGCCCACCAGCCGGCCCCAGCCCGCAAGACGGCCAGCCUGUCCUCGCCAAGCGCGGCUCGCCGCCUAUACCGCAACUUGUCUGGAAAGUUCCGUGUGGGCACCAACCCCCCUGCCCUGGAGGACAGUGUGGUGUCAGGACGGGGAGGAGACAAGGAGAGGCUGCGCAAAACCACCAUAUUCCAGAGCAAUGAAGCGCUGUUUGAGGCAGUGGAGCACCAGGAGAUGGACUUGGUACAGCUGCUUCUGUCCCAGUACAGUUUGGAGGAGCUGGACCUCAACACCCCAAACAGUGAGGGCCUCCUGCCUCUCGAUAUCGCUAUCAUGACCAACAACGUGCCCAUGGCCAAGCUGCUGCUGCGAGCUGGCGCCAAGGAGAGCCCCCACUUCGUGAGCUUGGAGGGCCGAGCGGUGCAUUUGGCCACCUUGGUGCAGGAGGCCGAGCAGCGGGUGUCGGAGCUCCAGGCCCAAGUUCGAAGCGAGGGUCCUGGAGAGCGGGAGGGAUCCGACCGUGAGAGGCAGCUAAAGGCCUGGGAGUGGAGGCUCCGGCUCUUCCGACGCAUGCAGACGGGCUUCGAGCACGCUAACCCUCCAGACGCCCCCAGUGUAGUCCGCCUGUCCGUCAGCAGCAGCACCAGUCUGAGGGUGGACUUCCAGGAACCUCUCUGUGUCAACUCUGCUGUAGUUACCAAGUACAAAGUGAGCUGGAGCAGCUCUCCGUCAUUAAGUCCUUUGCUGGGUGAGAUGGUGGUGGAGGACACCACUCUACUACAGUGCAACAUCACUGGACUCACUUGUGGGACCUAUUACUAUGUCCAGGUGUCAGCCUACAACAUGAAGGGCUGGGGGCCUCCACUAGUCUCCACCCCUGCCUGCGCUGUGCCUUCCAGCUGGAGGGAUAUCGAUGGCUGCGCUCCACGUCAGAGAGGCCAGAAGGAGGCACUAGACCAGCUACUUGGGCAGAUAAAAGAAGCUCACCGCCACUGUGUCUGCCAUGAACAGUGCAAAGCUCCGUCACAAGGGAGGAAGCACUCAGUAUCCAAAAGCCUCCGCCACCUCUUCCAACCCACCAGCAAAUUUGUUAAAAGCUUGAAAAGAGGUCUGUACCUGACAACCAUACUCUACAGAGAUGAUAAUGUGUUGGUGACUCCAGAGGACCAGAUUCCUAUUGUGGAGGUUGAAGACUCUUACUCCAGCUCCCUCAUGCAGGACUUCCUCUGGUUUACCAAGGUAUCCUAUCUAUGGGAAGAGAUUCCCUGGCUGCAGCAGUGUCUCAGCCCUUCCCAGUCGUCCUGUUCCUGCACACUGCAGACACGCCUCAAGAUGCUGCAGGCUGUCUCCCUUCUACAGGGUAUGCUGGGAACCCAGGACCUUGGUCAGGUAUAUUAUGAGCCAAUCAAAGACAAGCAUGGUAACGCGCUGCUGGUGCUCCUGAAGGACAUGAACGCUUGUCCCAACCUGGACGGGGUUCACUGGACGCAGCUUUGCAAACUCCAACUCCAACGCAAGUCUAUCUCUUCCCCCGAAGAGCCCACCGCCUUGGACAUGCUUCUCAUCACACUGCACGAGAAGCUGGCAUAUCACAGGCGGAGCAGGAAGAUGUUAUCUCCAGGUUUAUACCUGGGCUACCUGAAGCUGUGUACAUCAGUGGAGCAGAUCAGAGCGCUGGUGCCCCAGAAACUCCCCAAUGUCCUCUGUCACACCAAAAUUCGGGACAAUAGCAACGUGUCCAGAGAGGAGUGGCAGUGGCUGCAGGCUCUCACCUCUCUGGAGGAGUCGUUGGAAAUGGACCGCGAAGAACAGAGCGCUCCGCAUCGCCUCUUACAGGACCUACGCAGCGCCAUCAAGGACCUGAUGGCACACAUUAAUGUCCCUGGCAAUCAGGUGCAGGAUUUCCGUAUCUACAGCCAGGAGGUGGUGGAAUUUGGGGAGAAAGUGUCCUUCCUGCUCCUCCUGCCACCCUCAGAUGAAGUGUGCACAGCUCCUGGUCAGAAUAACCCAUACUCCCCCCGCUCUGGCUUCCUCACCCUGCCCCUGCAGAUCUUUGAGCUAGUCCACUUUAAUGCUUAUUGCCCCAGUUUCAUUGGCCAGUACUGCAGAGUAUCGGCUUUGCUGGAGCUGGAGUCCCUCAUGUCCCAGCAGGCGCUGAGGGAGGCCUUCUCUGAGGCCGAGCUCCUUGCUGCUAAGAAGAAACACCAGCAAGUCCAGGAACACAUGCAGCAAAUGGAGGAGGUUUGGCGUGAUGCGAGGUGGAUCAUGGACGCCUUACAGUAUGCCCGCUACAAGCAGCCAACAGGAGGCAUAUCUAUAAGCUGGAUAAUUGACUUCUCCAAGGAAACGUUGCCGGACAAGCCUCCCUCCACCUCCUCUCAGCCAGAUUUCAUGCCCUCCCCCAUACCUUCACCAGAACCCUGCCGCAAGCACUCAGAUUUUGCUGGACUGUCAGAUGAGGAAGGCUCCUCUGAGGUCUUCCUCACCACUGACAGCGACUAUGACUCCAGUCGUGCCCAGAGUCCUCGCGAGCUGGACCUCUUGCCCCCCUCACCCCUCUCAUCUAAUGCGCCACUGGAGCCUCGUGGUUUCCUGCGUAGUGACGGAAGCAGCUCUGGAGGGAUGUGUCUCAAUAGCGGUGGACGCGGAGGUGGGGCGCUAAGGGAUUCCACGCCAGAUGUCCUCCAAGCCUCGGAACCGCAGCACGGGAGGGAAAGCGAGCGGUGCGGUGGAGGAGGUCGGUGUGGAGGGGAUAGACGAAGGGGGGUCCCGGAGCUGUUUGACAGUGACUUCAUCCUGCCCAGCAGGCAGAUCGAGCUGUUGCACAUUACAGAGAAAAGACAGGCCUUCUGUGUGAGAACCAGCAGCCUUGAGUUCCCCUCCGCCACCUCAGCCCACCAGCCUUACUCCUACCACACAACUUGCCUCUCGCCCUCCACCUCACCACAGCGGAGAUGGCACAGACCCUCGUCGGUGGACCGCUGUUGCUCGGCUGAGCGCUGCCUACCGCAUCUUCCACCAGCACGUACCUUAUCAGAGGACAGCGGCACACAGAGACUAUCCUCACCAUCCCCUGCUGCCCUCAGGAAAGGCUGUCACGCCACACUCAGAGUGUACCCGCAGUAUCGCACAGGCCUGCCAAAGGAGACCAGUGUUAAGCUUUGUGUAACACCAGGAACGUCAGCACAGGAGAUGGUCCAGCUAGUUGUGCAAGAGAUGAACGUUGUGUCGCGGCGCAUGCUCAAUGGCAGCGGAGGUGAACAGGAGCAGUGUGUGUACUACAGUCCUGAGCAGCUGAAGCACUUUGGCCUUGUGCUGGUGGUGGACAAUAGAGAAAAGUGGCUUCAGGAUGAUUUCUGUCCCCUGGAGCUCCAAAACCCUUGGCUGAGGGGCAAACUGUGCGUUCGCAUUAAGGAGUAUUCACCACUAGCGCUCAAACACAGCCGGGCCACCACAGUGUGACGCUUCCAGGAGAGAGAACGAAAUCAAGAAAACAAUUCAGAGCUCAUGCCAUGUGCAGUGGAGUAUCCUUGGAAAAAUGUGUAUGGAAAUGAAGGAACUGUUACAUUUGUACAAACAGGCUCCUAAACUCUACACUGUUUUCUCUCUCACUGUGGUGUUAGCGUCCACAACUGCAGCUACGACAUGUCAUAUUUUCUGCUGUGUUCUUGUUAUCUGAAAAGCUUCUGUUUCCAUGAAAUGUGUUCUCCCAUACGUAGGACCUUUCUUUUUUAUGAACAUCAGAGACCCUCAUGUGGACACCAAAUGAACAAUAACAAAAUGGAACAAAGAGAACACAGUUUUGUGCUGUCAGAAAUCAUUUGUGAAAAAGAUUGUGAUGCAGAGCAAGAUUAAUGGAGCGUCAAUUUGACUUCUGGCAUGAUUGACGCCGGCACAUCGGGCCGCGCACAUUGCCAAAACGACAUGGCCGGCAUCAUCCUCCCCAGCCACACGCGGACACGGCUUUUCCUAUGAACUCUCUCAUUGUGUCAUUCCCAAAGAGCUGUCGGCUGCAGCCGCCCGGCCCCAUGUUCCCAGGAUGUGGGCUCUGGAGCCGGCCCAGAGGGCAGGAAGGAAGAGAGGAGUACAGAGGGGGGCUGGCGUCUCCGCUUGGGGACGCAAUCGGCCCGACGAUUUGGCCCGUCAGCCUGUCACUCAACUGCUCUUGGCCACUGUGCUGUCUGGUAGCAAAGCAGCCAAGCAAGGGAGAGAGAGCUUGAUAGUGAGUGAGAGCGAGAGAGGGCGAGGAGGAGGAGGAGGAGGGUGGAGGCUGCAUCUUUCACAACCUGGCACUGGCUCUCUGGUGCUCUUUUCCUCCCUUUUGCAGCAACACAUUCUCUGUAUAGUAGUCUCAGUCGUAGUGUAGCUAACAAAUACUCAUCUUGUGAGGAAACAAAAUGAAACCAGCCAAUUUGGAUUUUCACAUCAGAGAAAACACAAGCAAUACUUGACUCUUUGUUUCUCUGAUAGUUGGGGAAAAGCAUGUAAACCUUCCAGAAUUGUGCCGAGUACAUCUCAAGUACUGUAGUUCAUGCUGUGCUAAAAGUUAACCAGUUCAGUGUUUUGUUGUGUUUGGUUCAGUGGUAUUCCCAGAUGGAUCAGAAAAUGGUGCCCGCCAGUCUAGAGCAGGGUCUCCCAAAGGGAUUCCAGUGUGAGAAGGAUGACUUGAGUUGUUAAGAGGCCCAUUGUUUGCCAGCAAAGUAACAUAUUGUAUAAACCAGACUGUCUUCUGAACUGCUAAAAUUAAGUUAUAUAUGAAAGAACUUAACUAUAAGAUGGAUAAAAUAUAUAUUUUAGCCCCAAACAAACCACUUUGACCUGCAAUGUGUGUGACAGAUGGAGAAUAGUAAAGGCAAAAUGUCAAAUAUAAAAUCUACACACUUGUAGCAAACCACCUCCUUCAAAAAUAUGACAUUAUGGCUGCAGUCAAAUCAUCUUUAUUGCUUUGGAAGUGACCCAGAAGUAUCUAAGGGUGCUUUCACAUCUGCCCUGUUUGGUUCCGUUCAGUCAAAUUCAAGUUUGUUUAUCCCCUAAGUGCGGUUCAUUUGGGCACACCAAAACAACUGGACCGAGACCUUCUUGAAGAGGUGGAGGAGGUUACAAACGAACUCUCGUGUGGUUCUUUUGUGGUGAGAACGUGUUCCAACCUUGAUCCAAACCACCUGCAGUCGCAUUACACAUUAUUUGGGUUAAACAAGCAUGAGCAUGUUACAGUCCUGGAGGAUUAUUAAUGUGCGCCUCCUCCUGUACUGCCUUA